AUGGGCGCCAAGGAGUCACGGAUCGGAUUCCUCAGCUACGAGGAGGCACUGAGGAGAGUUACAGAUGUAGAGCUGAAACGCCUGAAAGAUGCCUUCAAGAGAACCUGUGGACUCUCAUAUUAUAUGGGACAGCACUGCUUCAUCAGGGAAGUGCUUGGGGAUGGAGUACCUCCAAAAGUUGCCGAGGUGAUUUACUGUUCUUUUGGUGGAACAUCCAAAGGGCUACACUUCAAUAACUUAAUAGUUGGACUUGUCCUUCUUACAAGAGGCAAAGAUGAAGAAAAAGCAAAAUACAUUUUUAGUCUAUUUUCAAGUGAAUCUGGGAGCUAUGUUGUUCGCGAAGAAAUGGAAAGAAUGCUCCAUGUGGUGGAUGGUAAAGUUCCAGAUGCACUCAGGAAGUGUUUCUCAGAGGGUGAAAAGGUUAACUAUGAAAAGUUUAGAAAUUGGCUUCUCCUAAAUAAGGAUGCUUUUACCUUCUCUCGUUGGCUGCUAUCUGGAGGGGUGUAUGUCACCCUCACUGAUGAUAGUGAUACACCCACUUUCUACCAAACUCUGGCUGGAGUCACACACUUGGAAGAGUCAGACAUCAUUGAUCUGGAGAAACGGUACUGGUUAUUGAAGGCUCAAUCCCGGACUGGACGAUUUGAUUUAGAGACAUUUGGCCCAUUAGUUUCACCACCUAUUCGUCCGUCUCUGAGUGAAGGUUUGUUUAAUGCUUUUGAUGAAAAUCGUGACAAUCACAUAGAUUUUAAAGAGAUAUCUUGUGGGUUAUCAGCCUGUUGCAGGGGACCCUUGGCUGAAAGACAAAAAUUUUGCUUCAAGGUGUUUGAUGUUGACCGUGAUGGAGUUCUUUCCAGGGGUGAACUGAGAGACAUGGUGGUUGCACUUUUAGAAGUCUGGAAGGAUAACCGCACUGAUGAUAUCCCUUUCUCGGACUUUUCAGCCAUAUUAUCAGAUAGAAUCUUGAAUGUACAUUUUGACUCUGAAAAAAUGGGACAUCUUACUCUGGAAGACUAUCAGAUCUGGAGUGUAAAAAAUGUUCUUGCCAAUGAAUUUUUGAAUCUCCUUUUCCAGGUGUGUCACAUAGUUCUAGGUUUAAGGCCGGCUACUCCAGAAGAAGAAGGACAGAUUAUUAGAGGAUGGUUAGAACGCGAGAGCAGGUAUGGUCUGCAACCAGGACAUAAUUGGUUCAUCAUCUCUAUGCAGUGGUGGCAGCAAUGGAAAGAAUAUGUCAAAUAUGACACCAACCCUGUUGUAAUUGAGCCGUCAUCUGUUAUGAAUGGAAGAAAAUACUCAUUUGGAACAGCGCUACAUGCUUUGGAGCAGAAUGAAGAUAGACUGGGAGGUAGCAGUCUCAGUUACCAGAACAAUACAGAAGAGAAAUUUUCAGACAACAUUUCUACUGCAUCUGAAGCCUCAGAAACUGCUGGCAAUGGCCUUCUGUAUUCUGCUACACCAGGGACAGAUAUGUGCUUUGCUCGACAACAUAACAGUUCUGACAAUAACAACCAGUGUUUACUAGGAUCCAAUGGGAAUAUUUUGCUGCACCUCAAUCCACAGAAACCAGGGGCUAUUGAUAACCAACCAUUAGUAACUCAAGAACCAGUAAAGGCUACGUCAUUAACACUAGAAGGAGGACGAUUGAAACGAACUCCACAGCUAAUCCAUGGACGAGAUUAUGAAAUGGUUCCAGAACCUGUGUGGCGAGCACUUUAUCAUUGGUAUGGCGCAAACCUGGCUUUACCGAGACCUGUGAUUAAGAAUAGCAAGACAGACGUCCCAGAGCUGGAAUUAUUUCCUCGCUAUCUACUAUUCCUGAGGCAGCAGCCUGCCACUCGGACACAGCAGUCUAACAUCUGGGUGAAUAUGGGGAAUGUACCUUCUCCGAAUGCUCCUUUAAAGCGCGUGUUAGCCUAUACAGGCUGUUUCAGUCGAAUGCAGACCAUCAAGGAAAUUCACGAAUAUCUGUCUCAGAGGCUGCGCAUCAAAGAGGAAGAUAUGCGCCUGUGGUUGUACAACAGUGAGAAUUACCUUACCCUUCUAGAUGAUGAGGAUCAUAAACUGGAAUAUUUGAAAAUCCAGGAUGAGCAGCAUUUGGUAAUUGAAGUUCGCAACAAAGACAUGAGUUGGCCUGAAGAGAUGUCCUUUAUAGCAAACAGCAGUAAAAUAGAUAGGCACAAGGUUCCCACAGAAAAAGGAGCAACGGGUCUGAGUAACCUAGGAAACACAUGCUUCAUGAACUCAAGCAUCCAAUGUGUUAGCAACACGCAGCCAUUGACACAGUAUUUUAUCUCAGGGAGACAUCUUUAUGAACUCAACAGAACAAAUCCCAUUGGUAUGAAGGGUCAUAUGGCUAAAUGCUAUGGGGAUUUAGUGCAGGAACUUUGGAGUGGAACUCAGAAGAAUGUUGCUCCAUUAAAGCUUCGGUGGACCAUAGCAAAAUAUGCUCCCAGGUUUAAUGGGUUCCAGCAGCAAGACUCCCAAGAACUUCUGGCUUUUCUCUUGGAUGGUCUUCAUGAAGAUCUUAACCGAGUCCAUGAGAAACCAUAUGUAGAACUGAAGGACAGUGAUGGCCGGCCAGACUGGGAAGUAGCUGCAGAGGCCUGGGACAACCAUCUGAGAAGGAAUAGAUCAAUUGUUGUGGAUUUGUUUCAUGGACAGCUAAGAUCCCAAGUUAAAUGCAAGACAUGUGGCCAUAUAAGUGUCCGAUUUGACCCUUUCAAUUUUUUGUCUUUACCAUUACCAAUGGACAGUUAUAUGCACUUAGAAAUAACAGUUAUUAAGCUAGAUGGUACUACCCCUGUACGGUAUGGACUAAGACUGAAUAUGGAUGAAAAAUACACAGGUUUGAAAAAACAGCUGAGUGAUCUCUGUGGAUUGAAGUCAGAACAGAUCCUUCUUGCUGAAGUACAUAGUUCCAACAUAAAGAACUUCCCUCAAGACAACCAGAAAGUACGGCUCUCAGUGAGUGGCUUUCUAUGUGCAUUUGAGGUUCCCAUUCCUGAAUCUCCCAUUUCAGCUUCUAGCCCAAUACAGACAGAUUUCUCUUCUUCCCCAUCUACAAAUGGAAUGUUCACCCUAACCACCAAUGGAGACUUGUCCCGACCACUCUUCAUCCCCAACGGAAUGCCAAACACUGUUGUGCCAUGUGGAACUGAGAAGAACUUCACAAAUGGAAUGGUGAAUGGUCACAUGCCAUCUCUUCCUGACAACCCCUUUACAGGCUACAUCAUUGCAGUUCAUCGGAAAAUGAUGAGGACAGAACUUUAUUUCCUGUCAUCUCAGAAGAAUCGCCCCAGCCUCUUUGGAAUGCCACUGAUUGUUCCUUGUACUGUAAAUACCAGGAAAAAAGACUUGUAUGAUGCGGUUUGGAUUCAAGUAUCUCGAUUAGCCAGCCCUCUUCCACCUCAAGAAGCCAGUAAUCAUGCUCAAGAUUGUGAUGACAGCAUGGGCUAUCAGUAUCCAUUCACUCUACGGGUCGUGCAGAAAGAUGGGAACUCCUGUGCUUGGUGCCCAUGGUAUAGAUUUUGCAGAGGCUGUAAAAUUGAUUGUGGAGAAGACCGAGCUUUCAUUGGAAAUGCCUACAUUGCUGUGGAUUGGGACCCCACAGCCCUUCACCUCCGCUAUCAGACAUCACAGGAAAGGGUUGUAGAUGAGCAUGAGAGUGUGGAGCAGAGUCGGCGAGCGCAGGCUGAGCCCAUCAACCUGGAUAGUUGUCUCCGUGCUUUCACCAGUGAGGAGGAGCUGGGGGAAAACGAGAUGUAUUACUGUUCCAAGUGUAAGACUCACUGCUUGGCAACCAAGAAGCUGGAUCUCUGGAGGCUUCCCCCAAUCUUGAUUAUUCAUCUUAAACGAUUUCAAUUUGUGAAUGGCCGAUGGAUUAAAUCCCAGAAAAUUGUCAAAUUUCCUCGAGAAAGUUUUGACCCCAGUGCUUUUUUGGUACCAAGGGAUCCAGCCCUCUGUCUCCGGAAACCACUCACUCCCCAGGGGGAUGACCUCUCUGAGCUGAGAAUUCCGCUAGGAGAGCUGAAGAAAGUCGAUGCCCAGAACUCCGCUGGGGAAGAGGAUGUACUUCUGAGCAAAAGCCCAUCCUCACUCAGUGCAAACAUCAUCAGUAGUCCAAAAGGUUCACCUUCUUCAUCAAGAAAAAGUGGAACUAGCUGCCCCUCCAGCAAAAACAGCAGCCCUAACAGCAGCCCACGGACUAUGGGGAGAAGCAAAGGGAGGCUUCGACUACCCCAGAUUGGCAGCAAAAACAAACUGUCAAAUAGUAAGGAGAACUUGGAUGCCAGCAAGGAAAAUGGGGUGUUACAGGUCUGUGAGCUGACUGACGCCUUGAGCCGAGGGCACAUGCUGGGAGGCAGCCAGCCCGAACUGGUUACCCCUCAGGACCAUGAGGUUGCCUUGGCCAAUGGAUUCCUUUAUGAGCACGAGACUUGUGGCAAUGGCUACAGCAACGGUCAACUUGAAAACUACAGUGAGGAGGACUGUACGGAUGACCAAAGGGAAGAUACUCGUGUUAAGCCUAUUUAUAAUCUUUAUGCAAUUUCGUGCCACUCAGGAAUUCUGGGUGGGGGUCAUUACGUCACGUAUGCCAAAAACCCAAACAGCAAGUGGUACUGUUACAAUGACAGCAGCUGUAAGGAACUUCACCCUGAUGAAAUUGACACCGACUCUGCCUACAUUCUUUUCUAUGAGCAGCAGAGGAUAGAUUAUGCACAAUUCCUGCCAAAGAUCGAUGGCAAAAAAAUGGCAGACACAAGCAGCAUGGAUGAAGAUUUCGAGUCCGAUUACAAAAAGUACUGUGUGUUACAGUGAAGUGACCACUCUGCCACUUGACGGGCUGGUGGUUAGGGAGGCAACUCCCUGUAGCUGACAUUUGGCAAAAGCGUCGCUGAAAGGCAAGCUAAAUGUAGUUAUUUUAAUCCUGUGACCCUGAAGCACAAAAUUAAAAUCCUAAUUAAAA